AUGGGCUUGUUUGGGCGCAAGAAUCACAUGCCCGUCGAGGGCCGGACCAUCCUGCUUACCGGCGCCUCGGAGGGCAUGGGACGGGCCGCUGCCAUCCAGCUGGCCGCCAAGGGCGCGAACCUCAUCCUUGUGGCACGUAAUGUCGGUCGCCUGGAGGAGGCUCUGGCCGAAGUGAAGGCCGCCGCCAAAUCCCCCUCUCAACGCUUCACCUAUAUCUCAGCCGACGUUUCGGAGCACGGCUACGCGGAGCAGGUCGUGGCGCAAGCUAUCGCUUGGAACGACGGCAAGGCUCCCGACAUAGUGUGGUGCGUGGCCGGCAUGUCGACUCCCAUGCUCUGGUGCGAGGACGACUCGAUGGCAGCCGCCCGGCGCAACAUGGACGUAAACUACUUCGGCACGGCCGAGAUGUCGCGGGCCAUCCUGCGCGAGUGGCUCGCCCCCGAGAACGCGACGGGCCCCAACUCGGAGCCCAAGCAUCUUAUCUUCACCGCGUCGGUGCUGGCUUUCUUUGCUCUUGUCGGGUACGCGCCCUACACCCCGUCUAAGUGGGCGCUGCGCGGCCUGGCCGACACGCUGGCGCAGGAACUGCUGCUGUAUCCGGAUAACCCGGUUAAAGUGCAUGUCGUGUUCCCUGCUACCAUCACAAGCCCUGGGCUGGAGCGCGAGAACAAGACGAAGCCGGCUAUAACGCUCGAGUUGGAGAAGGAGGAGCCGCCGGAGACACCCGAGACUGUGGCGCAGAGGUCGAUUGCCGGCCUCGAGCGCGGCGAGUACUUCGUUGCUGUCUCUUUCCUGGGCAAUCUGAUGAGGUGUGGUGUCAUGGGUGGGUCGGCGCGCAACAGCUGGAUUCUUGACACACUGUUGGGCUGGCUGGUGCCGGUGAUCUACUUCUUCGUGCUGAGGAUCAUGAACGGACAGGUGAAGAAUUGGGCGAAGGUGCACGGGCAUCCGGCGAAGAAGAAUACUGCUGCUGCGUGA